CAACCUCAAUCUUCUCACUGUUCUUCAAUCACUGCAGUGGCGCUGUUAAAUGUAAACAUGGAGAGGCUUAUUCAAAUUUUAAGUGUUUUUCUCCUCAUUUCCUUAUUAUUCAUUAAUUCCAGCACUGGAUACAAAGUGAUCAAGAAGUUUGAGUACAAGUUUUCGUUCAAGCCUCCCUAUUUGGCGCAAAGAGAUGGUUCGGUGCCCUUUUGGGAGUACGGAGGCAAUGCCAUAGCGAGCUCUGAUAAUGUGAGACUGGCUCCAUCACUCAAAAGCCAAAAAGGUGCAAUAUGGACGAAGAAUCCCGUUCCUUUCGACUACUGGGAAGUGGAUCUUCUGUUCCGAGUAACCGGCAGAGGAAGAGUGGGCGCUGAUGGCUUGGCCUUUUGGUAUACCCAAAGCAAAGGGGCUUAUGAUGGCGAAGUCUUUGGAUCGUCCGACAAAUGGAACGGUCUAGGCGUUUUCUUCGAUUCAUUCGACAAUGACAACAAGCACAAUAAUCCCUACAUUUAUGCGGUGCAAAAUGAUGGCAAUAAGCUGUUUGACCAUCAAAACGAUGGGGGCGCACAACAGUUGGGAGGAUGCCUUCGAGACUUCCGCAACAAACACUUUCCCACCAGAGCGAAAAUCAACUAUCACAACAAUGUUUUAACGUUGAUGUUCAACAAUGGGCUGAACAGCAAUGAGGACGACUUCGAGAUGUGUUUCCGGGUGGAAAAUGUAGUUCUGCCGAAGAAUGGCUACUUUGGGGUGUCGGCCGCCACUGGAGGCCUGGCUGACGAUCAUGAUGUUAUCCAUUUACUCACCAGCAGUUAUGGGGCUCCGGGAGCAACCGCCCCCGAAACGCCAGUUUCUCCGGAAGAUCAUGCUAAACUGCAGCAGGAGUACUUGGACUAUCAAAAACAGCUGGAGCUUCAAAAGGAGGAGUAUAGAAAGGAGCAUCCCGGUGAUAAAGCGGCUGAGAUGGAGGACUUCUAUGAAUCAGAUAGCCAGCGUGAGCUGAGGCAGAUCUUCCAGGGCCAGAACCAGAUAUUUGGCGAGGUGAAAGAGCUGAGCCGAAAGCUGGACGAAAUUGUUGGCAAACAGGAACGAACAAUGAGUUUGAUAUCGCAACAAGCUGGAGCAAUUGGAGCGAAUAUUCCGCCCCCACCGGCCGGACAGCCGCCUCAGGCCGGCGGCUACGUGGACACCAUUCGGCGACACGAAGUGGAUGCGAUAUUUAACAAUCAAAACCAGUUCCAGAACGCUAUAAGCGAAAUGAGGCAAUUCGUGUUGGAAAUCAAACAGAGAAUCGACACAGUGAUUAAUAAUCAAGCGAAAGCUCCCACUGCUCAAGUGCACGCUGUGGGCUUUGAUACGCAAUCGUUGGUGAACGAAGUGAGAGAUGGGCUCAAUCAGGUGAAAGUGAAUGUGGCACAGGUGUCGGCUCAUUUAGGGCAACAAUCCAGCUGCCCUACAGUGAAUUGCGUGACCUUCACUUCUGUUCUAAUCAUUGUCGCUGUUCAGCUGGUCCUUAUUCUCGGUUACAACAUUUAUAGGGACAACAGAGACAACCAAGCCAAGAAAUUCUAUUAACAAUCGACUGUUAAUAGUCGGAUUUGAUGGGCGCUUGUAAUGUUUUUUUAUUCGUGUUUUUCUGGGCAAAAUUCAUUAUUUCACUCGUUUGCUCAUGGCCAAUUUGUGAUUAUCCUCCAACAUACAAAUGACAAAACUAAUUGAGAUUUUUUAGCGCAUUUUAUAUGGAUUUAGGCGAUCUAGUUUUUAUGUAUAUAUUAAUGAUUAAGCAAUGGAAAAAUGAAGAGAAUAUUUUGAGUGUUUUAAGGUUUAGAUCAUCUUCAGCAGCAGGUGCAGUCUUCCAAUUGCGCAGCCCUACUGUUUACAUUAUUUAUUUCUACGUUUUGUUACUUUAUCUUUUCAACACACGUUUUUUUCCCAAUAUAUUUUAGUGUCUUUUU